AUGGCAUUAAAUCGCAGAUGUAACAAAAACGUAACGGUGCUCAAGCCCUUUUACACAACAUCUGCCAAAAACAUAACGGCGCUCAAGCCCUUUUACACAACAUCUGCCAAAAACAUAACGGUGCUCAAGCCCUUUUACACAACAUCUGCCAAAAACAUAACGGUGCUCAAGCCCUGUUCAUCAUUUCGCUUGUAUCGCGCCAUAGAUGUAAAUUCAGCGCUGUACCCCUGCAGCGAACAGAGAGAUGGCCAGCAGAAACAAGCAUUUCAAAUGCAUCAUGUGUGA